GGAGCCGAGUGGACCGGGUGGCUGCUGACCGGAGCGGUCACUCUUGAGAAGGCGAUGUGGGGGCGGGGCGUGGGUGCCGGGGCGGGACCCGAGGGCCGGAAGCGGACGGAACCCGGGGUCCCGCAAUCGGUCAGCCAUGGACGAGGCUGAUCGGGAGCUCCUGCGGCGAGGCCGGCUACGCCUGGUGGGCGAGCUGCAAGUCGCCGAGCUCUGGGACGCUCUGCUGAGUCGAGAGCUCUUCACGCGAGACAUGAUCGAGGAUAUUCAGCGAGCAGGCUGUGGGUCUCGGCGGGAUCAGGCCAGGCAGCUGGUCACAGAUCUUGAGACCCGAGGGAGGCAGGCCCUUCCCCUCUUCAUCUCCUGCUUGGAGGACACAGGCCAAGACGUCCUGGCUUCAUUCUUACGCACCAGUCGGCAAGCAGCCAAGCAGGAUCCAGAGCCUGUUAAACCCCUACCUCACCUGGAGCCUGUGGUCCUGGGACCAAUGGGAUUCAAACCAGAGGAACAGAGAGUAGGGAAGCUGGAACCAUCGCAGCCUGCCCCAGGACACCUCACGCCAGUGGUGCUGGGGCCCAAAGAGCUCUGGCCUGCUCGGCUCAGGCCAGAGGUUCUCAGACCAGAAACACCUAGGCCAGUGAACGUUGGCUCUGGCGGAGCUCAUGAUGCCUGUGCUCCAGAGACCAUCAGGGAACGUGCAGAUAUGGCAUAUGUUCUGGAUUCGGACCCCUGUGGCCAUUGCCUCAUCAUCAACAAUGUGAAUUUCUGCCCUUCCUCGGGGCUCAGCACACGCACUGGCUCCCACCUGGACUGUGAGAAGCUUCAGCACCGCUUCCGCCAGCUGCAUUUCAUGGUGGAGGUGAUGAAUGACCUGACUGCCAAGAAGAUGAUCGCAGCUCUGGUGGAGAUGGCGCACCAGGACCACCAUGCCCUGGACUGCUUUGUGGUGGUCAUCCUCUCUCAUGGCUGCCAGGCCAGCCACCUCCAGUUCCCGGGUGCUGUCUAUGGCACAGAUGGAUACCCUGUGUCCAUUGAGAAAAUUGUGAAUAUCUUCAAUGGGACCAGCUGCCCCAGCCUGGGCGGAAAGCCAAAGUUGUUCUUCAUCCAGGCGUGCGGUGGCGAGCAGAAAGACCAUGGCUUUGAGGUGCCUCGCACUUCCUCUAAAGGCAAAGCCUUCGACAGUGACUCUGAGCCAGAUGCUGUCCCAUACCAGGAAGGCCCAAUGACCUUCGACCAGCUGGAUGCAGUGUCAAGUUUGCCCACUCCCAGUGACAUCCUUGUGUCCUACUCCACCUUCCCAGGUUUUGUCUCCUGGAGAGACAAGAAGAGUGGCUCCUGGUACAUCGAGACCUUAGACAGCGUCCUGGAGCAGUGGGCUCGCUCUGAAGACCUGCUGUCCCUCCUUCUCAGGGUAUCCAAUGCUGUUUCUGAGAAAGGAAUUUAUAAGCAGAUUCCUGGCUGUUUUAACUUCCUCCGGAAAAAACUCUUUUUUAAAACUUAAUGAGGCUGGGGCCUGCUCACUGCCUCAUUAUUGUCCCGAAACCUUUGUGGCCUGGAGGUGUCCUGCAAAGCAAGGAGUUUGUAACUGAGUCAGGCUGUUCUCCCCAUCGGGCUCCCAGCGGCUGCUGGGUCAGAGAGCAAUGCGGGGUGGGAGGACAGGGACAGAGUGCUGGGAUGCCACCUGGCCUCUUCAUCUGUGGCUGUGGCCUGUGACCUAUGACUCCCAGGUCCUCUCUGGAACAGGGCUUCUCCACAGCUGCACUGCUCACAUGUGGGCUGGUGUAAUCCUGUCGUGGGACUGUCCUGUGUGUUCUGAGCCAUCUCUGGUCUCUGCCGGCCAGGAGCACCCCUCCUGAGUUCAGCCAGCCAGAAAUAUCUUCAGACACUGUCACACAUGCCCUGGGGACAUAACAGCCUUCACUGGAGAACUUGUCCACAGCGGUUCGUGGCGGCAUCUCUCCUUCCCAGACCCACAGUUCAGCUGGCCCUGUGUGUCUCACUGCAGCUUCCAGAAGGCUUCCUUUAGCACAUUGCUUAUUCUUAAAAAAUAAAUCUUAGGCAAAAGGAGUGUUGUCCCUACCCCAACUCUGUUCCCCACAAAGGAGACUUGCUUUUUUCUCAUCAUUUCUCCGUGUCUUCUAAGAUCCCUGCCUGAGCCCAGGAGGUGACUGAGGUGGGAGCCAGGAGUCCCCACAGAUCAAGGUUACCCUGCUGGAGACACCCGGACAGAGCUCUGCUGUUCCGAGUCUCCCUGUGUCUUUCUUGCCAGGGGACCCUGGUCCCCAGAUGGCAGUGACCUUGCAAUAGGAAGCGCUGGAUAGCAGGAGGUGCUGUCUCCGGGUCUUUUAAACUGUCCUGACUUUCGCUUAUUUUUCUGAUUUCAUCCGUCUUUGCUCUGUGAACAUCCACUUGAACUUAGAUGGUAGGAGUGCCAAGCCUUGUUUGUCUAUAUUUGAGCUGGAUUCUAACUCUAGCCCAGGCUGGCCUCAAAAUCUCCAUCCUUGCUGCCUCCUGAGCACUGGAAUUACAGCAUGUACCACCACCCCAGGCUCCUCCACAGGCCUCAUUUUCAGGGCCCUAAGGUUAGGGUGUCUGGUUAAUAAGACAGAUUCAUACCAGGAUAUGAUUCAUAGAGUCAUUUUAUUUCUGUUUUCCUUUGGUGACUCCAAGAUGACAGUCCCAGAGACAUCUUUGGUUAGUUUCUUGCCAUCACCUGCAGGACACACAGGAGACAGUGACUCUCAGGGAGAAAGGGGUGUGGGCACAGCUUUCGCUUCCUGUAAACAGGGGUCUUAGCCCAGAGUCCUGCUUGGGCUUCAAGCCAAAAGGCCAUGAAUUGCUGAUAAUUACAUGCAAAAUGUACAGGUGAGUGUGGCAUUUGAUGUAAUUUCUUUGUUUUUGUUUUUGAGAAAGGGUCUCACUCUGUAACUCUAUCUGUCCUGGGACUCAUUAUGUAGACCAGACUGGCCUUGAACACACAGAAAUCUGCCUGCCUUUGCCUUCUGAGUGCUAGGAUUAAAAGUCACUAUGCUGGGCUAAUUUGUUUCUUAAAAUGAGUAUUUGAGGGACUAACAUUGUAUAUUGGUGGGGACUGAUAACUGUCACCUGUCACUUUUUUUUUCUUCAUAGAAGUCUGUUUUUUUGGGUUUUUUUUUUUUUUUUUUUUUUUUUUUUUUUAAAGAGUUAUAUAUUAUUUAUACAGUACUCUGCCUGCAUGUGUGUCUGCAGGCCAGAAGAGGUCACCCAAUCUCAUUACAGAUGAUUGUGAGCCACCAUGUGGUUGCUGGUAAUUGAACUCAAGACUUUUGGAAGAGCAGCUAGUGCUCUCAACCUCUGAGCCAUCUCUCCAGCCCCUGUCCCUUAUUUUUCAAGGCCAGUUAGCAGGAUCAGGUCCUUUUUGGGGUAUGUCUGGUUUGGUUUUGGUUGCUGGGAUGGGUCUCACUUAUUCUCUACCUGCUCUUACACAAUUGCUCUUGUUUUGUUUUGUUUUGUUUUUACACAGGGGUGGGGGUUUCUCAUAGUCCAGGAUGGCCUCAUUGCUGCUCUGUAGCCAAGGAUGACCUUGAAUUCCUGAGCCUCCCACCUGCACCUGUGCUGGGAUUCCCUGUGAGUUACACACGCAGGCUCUAUCAGCCAGCUGUGCUGCUGGUGUCUGUAGCACAAGCACAGAUCGGAAUACAGGAACCACGCCCCAGGUUGCUCACUAAAGCAGUGUAGGCCUUAAACACAACCUGAUUAACCCCUCAUGUUUGUGUCUCAGGCCCCUCACAGCAGCUCAGGACUUCGGGACAUCUGAGUGCGUUAAACAAGUAAAAUGUGACUGGCUCCUGGUCAGAAGGCAAUAUACAUACUUAGUUGGAGGCUUUUCUUUGUUUUGAGACAGGAACUCACUAUGUAGCCCAGAUUGGCCUUUAAUUUUAAUUCUUUUUCCUCCGCCUAAGUGUUUUUAUUAUAGGUGUGGUACCAUCAUGCUUGGCUACAUUUGGAUGGUUUUGUUUGUUUGAGACAGGGUCUUAUGUAGCCCAGGCUGGCCUCAAAACAAUCCUCCUGCCCCUGGUUUCCACAUACUGGGCAUUGCAUGCCUACACCACCAUGUCUGGCAAUGUAGGAUUAUUUUUUGUUGUUUUGUAUUUUUGUCUUACAUGCACACAAGGCCCAGAAGAGCACAUAGCAUGUAAUUAACAGGGAUUACCUCUGUAGAAUGGAAACAAAGGUUAGAGCGAGGGGCUCUUCAUUGCUUGCUCCAUAGAUUCCUAUAUUCCUUUUAUAAGCAAUAUAUUUAAUAAAUGUAUUCCCUUCCGAACAAAACAAUAAAGCUGUGAUUGCUGAAGGCUCCCAUGUUGACGCUGCCUAUUUUAAUGGACAUUUGCUGAAAGGAUGAAAUCCCCUUGGGUUUGCCUUUUGUUGGCAGCUUGGUAGCCUCGGCUCAUCUCCUACAGCUGUCUAGGCAGGUGCUCCCAGGCACCCUCAGGGUUGCAGCUGUUUGUCUCACAUACGCACACGCACAGUGUGGCCUUGGCUGGGACCAUGUGAGCCCCUAUAGCUCCUCUGCAGCUGCUAGGGCAGUCUUCUCCAGAAACAGCUGGCUCCUUGGCUCGCCACCUCUGCCGGUCUCCCAGCGUUCUGCUUACUGGCCACUCUCCCAAAAAUGGAAGGGCUCUGCCCAGGUACCCUGCAAAGUUUGCUUUCCCCUUCUGGUCUUCCUGACUCCCGCCCCCAGCCAUCUGCCCUGCUGUGUCUGCCUGUGGCUGGGAAUAGCAGGUGCUGGGACAACAAGUCAUGCUUUGGGUCCCAAAGGUGCUGCCAGGCUCAGCUGCAUGGUGACUAAUGCAGCAGCUGGGACCACAAAAGAUGAUCCUAGGAUUUGGCCGAGACAAAGCCCACAAGCAUCUUUCCAUCCAGUCAUUAAGGCUCCUUUGAAAUGCUCUAAGCUGGCUUUAGAUUUCCCUCUGUCAAAAUUUAGUCAUGGCUCCCCUCCCCAGUUCACAAUCAAAACAAACCAAAAUGAAAAAAAGCCUGUCCUCUCCUACCAUGUGAGCCCCAGAGAUUGAACUCAGGUGGUCAGUCAGGCUUGGCACCACGUGCUUUUACCCCACUGAUCCAUUUCUGAGCCCUAACAAACUUGCCUAGAAGCUCUGGGGCUGAGUCUGCUUGUGGGCCAAACAACCAGCAAAUGACUGACAAGCUGGCAAGGGUGAGUGGGCAAACUUGCAAGCAGGCUCAGGCUGGCUUUGGCAGCCCUCUCCCUCAGGCACAUGCUCACAGCUGCCAGUUCGUAUUUGGUUUUCUAACAAUCUAAUUCAAUUUAAGGUUCCCUGCAAAUUGAACCAGAGACAAUGAGACAAUGCCAGCUUCCCUUCUUUGUGGGCUCUGUUACAAGUGGCACCAUCCUUGCUAUUCCUGGCUGUACCCACUGAGGAGUCUGGCUCAGCUCAAGUCCAUUUUACAGAAAAGCAAAUGGAGGAGGGGCCUACACAGGGGUGGAUUAAAAUACACACUGUGGGCAGAGUCCUCUCCCCUCUUUGUACCCCUCUCCAGACUCCAUGUCACCUCCAUCCUCACCCAGCGUCCUGGGUUGUGCCAGUUUCCUGCUGUUCUGGCUGCUUCCCUGACUACUGCCGGUAUCCUUAGCUGCUCUGCUGGCCAGCGUGUCUCCGGGUUCCUCCUGUCUGUGCCUCUCCAGCACUAGGAUUUACAAGCACUGGCCACCAUACUUGGCUCUUUACGGGGGUCCUGGGGAUUGAACUCAGGUUCUUCUAGCUGCAAGGCAUAACUUUACUGCCUAACAUUCCCCCUAUUACUCAAUAACCUGUGGUUAUUAGAGUAAAAAGGAAAUCAAGCUUCCAGGAGAGGCUUCUCUGGAAUCACACAGGCACAGGAAAAUAAACCUAGCCCCGUUUGCCUGGGACAGUUGGUCAUCUUACCAGGGCACACUCUUCAGUGGGACUAAGUGCUAAAAACUAAGGUUGGAGGGUUCUCCACCUGGGUGUAGGCUUUGCAAAUAAAUAUGAUCACUGACAGCACUGGAGGGUGCGGACUGGGUCUAUAGACCCUCGAAAAGAAAUGAGAUACACUUGCUGACCCUGGGGAAGCCCGCAGGCCCCAUCGUCAGACUGUGGCCUCAGGAGUAGCUGUUCUUACCGUGUUGAUCCAGCUGAUGUAGUUGGAGACCCUGGUGAAGACAGAUGGCUUUCGGGGGUAGUUGCAGCCCAGAGAA